AUGGCUGACUUCUACGCUUCUAUCCUCGAGAUGCCCUUCCUCUCAGACGACUACUGCUUCCCCUUCGACAUCUCCUCCACCGCCACUGGCACCCCCACAUCCUCCACCUCCACAUCCUCCGCAUCCUCAUAUUCACUCUACAGCACAACCUCCCCACAAGAUAUCCUCAUGUCCGACACCCUCGACUUUGAAACUCUUACUUCUCAACAGCAGAAGAUCACUCCUCCAACAACGACAGUCGCCCCCCUCCCUACUCCUGACUUGUCCCUCGAUUCCGACUUCGAUUGCACCACUCCCACCAACACCAACAGCAACAACCCCUGGAUGCGUCAACAACAACAGUUCCCUCCUCAGAUGGUCUUCAACCAAUUCCAGGAGUACCAAUUGGAGCAGCAAGAUUCGGAUAUUUUCACCCCCUGGGGUCCCUCGCCUGCUUCUUACUUGACCGCAGCCACUCAGGCCUUGGCUGGUCGGUCCUUCAGCCCCAUGGCCCCCGGUAUUGUCGUCCCCCCAUCAGCACAAAUGGCCAUGAUGAUGGCUCAGCAACAACAACAACAACAGCAGCAGCAGCAGAUGUUCCACCAGCAACAGUGGCAGCAACAGCAGCAGCACCAGUACCAGAUGAACAAGGCCAUGGACGAAGGCAUGAUCUCGCCUCCUGAGACACCCUCUGGCACGCCUUCGCCCGUCUGUCUCAAGCCCAUGUCUUCCCCCUCUCAGUCGCCAUCGCGACAGAUGUCGCCAUUGUCACCCACCACUCCAUUGUCGCUCUCCUUCCCCGAACUCCCCAUCGUGAGCAGCAGCACUCCCAACACUCCCACCGCGAUUGCACCCAUGCCUACUUCCCCAUCGAGCGCACCGUUGUCUACCAUCGCCCCCUUGGCUAUUGUCGCUGACGCAUCGACCUCUGCCUCGCUCAAGUCCCAAACAGCCGGUCCCAAAUCCACUCCCACCAACAAGGUGAUCAAGGCCCCCCGCAAGCCCUCCAAGGCAGCGAUCAAGGCCGCCGCCGGUCAGAACGUCCGGUGCCAUAACUGUGGCGCGACUGUAACCCCCCUCUGGCGCCGGUCGGCCAACAACGAGCCCCUCUGCAACGCCUGCGGUCUCUACCACAAGUUGCAUGCCAUGCACCGUCCCAAGCACCUCCAACAGUCCUUGGGCUCUGCCCAGGGCGCCGGCCACAAGUCCAAGUAUGGUCCUCGCCCCUCGAUGAUGAUGGCUGCCCUCCUUGCUCAACAGCAGCGUGAGCAAGCUGGUGGUGAAGGUGGCGAUGCUCCCGGUAACGGUGGUGGCGCGAACGCCCCUGGUUGGGCUUCGAUGACCCCACUCCCUCAACCCAUGUGCAGCAACUGCAAGACCACCUUGACCCCUCUCUGGCGCAAGGACGACGCGGGCGACAUCCUGUGCAACGCCUGCGGUCUCUACUACAAGCUGCAUCACAUCCACCGGCCCAUCUCCCUCAAGCGUAAUGUCAUCCGCCGUCGGUCACGCUACGAGGGCGGUAAGGCUGCUGCCACUGCUGCUGCUGCCGCUGCCGCUGCCGCCGCCGCCGCAGCAGCAGCUAAUGCCAACGCGUCGUCUCAGGGUCAUGCGCAGGCGCAUUCUACCCAGAGACGCGUGCAGGUUCACCCUCACCCUCACCAUGUCCAGAUCCAACAACAGCACCACCAUCAGCAGCAGCAGCAGCAGCAGCAGGGCUUCAUCCAUGGCUUGCCUCAAGGCCCAAUGCACCAGCAGCCCUCCAUCUCGUCGUGCGCAAUGUCUUCCUCCUCUGCCGCCGUGACCGUCGCUGCUCCUCAGCCCAUCCACUUGCAGUACCCCAUCCACAUGAACUUCCCCCAAGCACAGUUCUAA